AUGUUUUAUUCGGAAGCUAUUUUGUCUAAAAAGGGUCCAUUGGCGAAAGUAUGGCUAGCCGCGCACUGGGAACGAAAAUUGAGUAAGGCUCAGUUUUUACAAACAAACAUACAAACUUCUGUAGGUGCUAUCCUCGGUGGAGAUCAACCACCCAUGGCACUACGCUUGUCAGGGCAAUUAUUACUGGGUGUUGUCCGCAUAUAUUCAAGAAAAGCGAAAUAUCUGCUUGAUGAUUGCAAUGAAGCUCUACAUAAAAUUAAGAUGGCAUUUAGACCAGGCGAAGUUGAUUUAGUUGAAGAACAACGAAUAGCUAAUUUUGAAUCUAUCACAUUACCUGAUAAUAUUACGGAGUUUGAUAUAUUAUUACCAGAUCCUAGUCUUAAUAUCAAACAAUGGACUGAUAUAACACCGGUUGCAACUACAAGUUCAUCAAACAUCUCAAGACCACAAGACAUUACUAUAAGAGACAAUUUUGAUGUUUCAUUAACUUCAAAUAUUGGGGAUGAUUUAUUAGGGGAUGCUUUCGAUACAGAAGAUGGUCGAGGUCUGGAUCUUAAUUUGGAUGAUGAAUUAUUCGAUUCGAAGGCGCAUGGUCACGAUGCCAGAUCUGAAAGUAACGAUGGAUCUAUUGAUAUUGAAAUGGCGAGAGAUGCACAACCUGAAUUGUCGAUGACUAUAGAAGAUGUAAUUGGUAGUGGUAGUAAAAAUGCCGUCGAAGAUGACCCAUUGAUGAUAAUAGAUGAUGGUCCUGAAUUAAAUCUUAUGGAUGAUAACCUAUUGGACGACAAUCUAAUAGAAUAUACAGUAGAUAUGCCAACUUUAGAUAUUGGUAGACCAUCAUCAGAAAGCCUUGAAACAAGACCACUAGAAAUAGAUGUUAAUCUUGAUACAAAUGUUACAAAUAUGGAAGAUCAAACAGUUCAAGAAACUAUGAGGUUUACUCCAUUGUCUCCACGAAGUCCUGAACAAGAAGUUCCUGAACUAUUUCAGGAUGAGGUUAUUCAACCUACAACACCAAAUCGUAGAAAGCGUAAAUUAAUCGUAGAUGAGGUGACUGAAUUACCAAAUAGACAUAUUGCAAACCAAAUCAAGGAUACUUCCGAUAUUUUGAUUACGCCAUCUUUUCUCCAAGCGUCGCGUAAUUUACUACGCAUCGGGGAGAUUAGACAAACGGGCGCUUCUUAUUACCUUGAUUUAAAUGUUCCACAUAAUCUUAUGCCCCAAUUCCAUCACCUCUUUGCUCGAAAACGUCUGAGGAUGACACCAUCCCCGCCUCCUGAGGAUUAUAAGCAAGAGGAGGCUGUUCAAGCUGGACCAUCUCGAGUUGAUAAUCCAAUAAACGAGGAAUUUACUGAACACGAAAACAAUAAUACUUAUGACGAUUUAGAUUUUCAAAAUGCAUACAAUAGUCCUAUUUUGGAUCACGGUUCUGUCGUAGAAGAAAUUGAGAAAGGAAAAGAACAAGAAAAGACUCAUAACACAGAUAAAGAAAGUGUUGCCGAGCAAAAUUUAGCCACACCAGUGGAAUCAACGUCAGAACAUGAUGAUGCUGAGAAUAACUUUGAUAUGAUAUCCCAUCAUGAAAACGAUAAUGCACUAGACAUUACUAGCCCAAUUGACGAUGGAGGAGAAUCAUCAAGCAGUCGUGGUAUAACCAUUUUCGAUCAAGACGAGCCACAGGAUCAGCAAGCUACAGGAAAUGAAUCCGGAUACAGCAAGAAUACAGUCAAAGCAAUGCGACUUUUGAGGGAUAAAUGUCGUGGAGAGAUAAGUGAUCGAGCUAAUGGAAAAUCAAAAAGUCCGGUACAAGUGGUUGUCAGUUAUGAUUCAGUCGUUGGCACGGCUAAACGACAAGAUGCUGUUAAGCUGUUCUUUGAAUUAUUAGUCUUAAAUACUAAAGACGUUAUUCAUGUAAAGCAAAAUCAGCCAUAUGGAGAUAUAGAGAUUCUAUGUAAAGAUAAAUUAUUCGAUUUACUAGAAGAAGGAGUUGUGUAA